CAAAAACUUAAUGAACAAGAAAAAAAAUUAUUAAUCGCAUAUUUGGAUACUAUUGAUUAUUCUUGUGGUACAUCAUUUUAUAAUGCUGAAAACCUGUUUGGACUUCAAAAUCAGACCUUUACACAAUCAAUUAAUGAUAAUCAAUCAAAAUUAGAAGAAAAUUUUGAAAUAGAAAGUGAAUCAGAAUUAAUAGUUACUAGAUCAAAAUUAUCAAAAUCAAAAGGUAAAAAACGUAUUAGUAGUGAAAUCGAAUCAAGCAAUAGUGAGCAUA